AUGGCAUCCCAAAUGCAGGUGGUCAAGAGCAAGCCGCUUUUCGGCGAGGAUAAGCAAGGUGAAAGCGAUGGGUCCCAAAUCGUGUAUGAUGUACUGCCUCUCGAUCUUGCAGAUGUUAUCUUUGACCGUCUCCAAGACGAAGUGAGCUGGCAGAGUAUGUAUCAUCAGACGGGCGAGGUACCUCGUCUGGUAUGCUGUCAGGGCACGGUGGGCGAGGAUGGAAGUAUGCCAGUGUAUCGACAUCCAUCGGAUCAGACCAUCCCACCUCACGCAUGGACAGUGACCGUCGAUCGAGUGCGAAGAGCGGCGGAAGAAGCCGUCGUGCAUCCACUGAACCAUGCUCUUAUCCAACUCUACCGCGGAGGCAAUGAUUACAUCUCGGAGCAUUCGGAUAAGACGCUGGACAUCGUGCCUGGGAGCAAGAUUGUCAACGUGUCCCUGGGAGCGCAGAGGACGAUGCGUCUGCGCACCAAGCGUGGCGCGACUCCCACCUUGGCCGCGAGGACGACGUAUCGAAUUCCCCUACCUCAUAACUCGAUGGUCAUCAUGUCUCUCGCGACGAACGCGCAAUACCUCCACGGCAUCAACGCGGACCGGCGACCCGCAGUGGAAUUGGGAGCAGCGGAGACGGCGUUUGGAAGUCGUCGCAUCAGCUUGACAUUCCGGCAUAUCGGCACGUUUCUGAGCGAGGACUCGAAGCUGAUCUGGGGCCACGGAGCGACGGGGAAGAACAAGGAGACGGCGCGAUCUGUGAUCUGCGGAGAUGCGGCGCAGAGCGAGAGGAUGGUGAAGGCUUUUGGGGCGGAGAAUGCGGCUUCUUCUUCGAUCCUUUGGGAGGCGAUCUAUGGGCGAGGCACGGAUGUCUUGCACUUGAUGAAAUGA